AUGAUUUCGGUUAACGCAUAUGUUAGGUUCGGAGGAACGAAUGGCCUGCAGCGGUUCAAUGAUCUCUGGACGUACGAUCUCCAAGGCAACACCUGGACAGAAAUGGAUUGCUUUGGCAUCAAGCCUGUUCCGAGGGAUGGUCAUGCGGCGGCUGUGGUCAACGAUGUGAUGUAUGUAUCCGGGGGCUGGACCGGUGGAGAGGACCUAGGAGAUCUGUCCGCCUUACACAUCACACAUCGACGCUGCGACAGCAUGACGGUAAUUGGGAACCAGAUUAUCCUCAUGGGGGGUGGACCGAUGAUGCGCCCUGGAUAUCCCGCAGAGCCCAGCGAUCCCGCAGAGCUCAGCAAUCCCGAAGAGCUUAUGAUCCCCUACGUCCUCGAUACUGCUAAGAUCCGGUACCCAGACAACUUGCAGUGGAUUGAUUACCCUGGCUGGAACCCGAAUGCGGCUGGACACGUAUUUGAAACAUUAGUACAGGAUAUCACCUUGACACCGGGCGAGGUCCUCCGAAACACGGACUCUCCAGCGAAGCAGGAAAUUUCCACUGCGUUGUCUGAAAACGCAAUCUAUCAGGGUGUGACCAGAACCCCACCCACAUUCCCAUCUCAACUCCGCGACUUUUCAUCUCGGGGAAUAGCCACAAUACACCCACCGGACACUACACAACCUCGGCUUACAAGAGUCCAGUUGCUUAAAUCUCCCCAUUCUCUCGGUACGGCAGGGCUAGAAGUUCAAAGAGCAAUGAACAAGGGUGACAAUAGGCUACCAGGCCGGAGGGUAGCUCCAGAACAAGAAGCAACUGUACCCCAGAACCCUAUUCAAGACAUGAAAUCAGCUAUCAGUCAGAUACCUUCUCCACUGGUUCUCUCGAUUCGGCCUGCUGUUGACCUCGUCCGUGACUCACACUUGGAUACGAAUACGGAUGUGGCAUUAGAGGUCACAAAGCACGUUAGUUGGGUGUCGAACAGAAACACGCGACAGCGUCGUGUUAAGAGGGAAGAGAUAUGGAAAAGAGAACACGAGCUAGGUAAUGGAUCGUCUGGCCGGGAGAUCACCAAAAGCGUGAAGUCGACUAGAAUCGAAUACGAGAGGGAGCUAGAGGCCCUAGCAAAGUUCUCGAACGAAAAGUAUGUCCAUUGCUUCGUCGAGAUGGAAUACGUUCCCGACCGUGACCUGCAGAGGUUGCUGACUGCCCCUUUUCCGGCGCCGAUAACAUGGGAGAUUGUAAUUCAGAUCCUGGAGGGGCUGGUAUUUAUGCAUGAGAAUGGAUUCACCCACCGAGACUUGAAUCCAGGAAAUAUUCUAGUAUUGCAACAGCCACCGACAUGGUGGGUAAAGAUCACCGACUUCGGCAUUACCAAGAGAGCACUGGAGUCGACUGCACUCCGCACAUUUGUCGGCACGCAGGGCUAUCUAGCACGCGAAGUUAUUGGGUUUGUCGACGUAUCCGAAGCCCGAGAUCCGUCAUACACCAGCGCCGUCGACAUCUGGGCCUUGGGCGAGAUUACCUUUCGCUUAAUAACAAACCAGAGUGCAUUUCCCCAACCUAGGGCUCUGGCCAGAUAUGCCGCGGCUCAGACCCCGUUCCCCCACAUGGAGCUAGAUCGGGUAGGCGCGAGCACAGAUAUCAAGCAUUUCUUGGAGACGACCAUGGCUGCGCAUCCCUCAAAACGACUCUCCGCUCAAGAUGCAACACAGCACCCCUGGAUCGCACGAUCACGGCCCCCAUCAAGGCAGCUAAUCGAAAACCCAGCUCUCGCUCAACAAAGCGCUGAAGAGUCUGAGACUCUUGGUGAACCCUCAAAUCGAUGA